AUGAACGGCUACCGCAACCUCGCCUCGUCCCCUCCGGCGCCCAGCGGCGGGGAGCCGGAGCCAGCCCGGCCCCCGGCGACGGCGAAGGAGGGCAAGUGGGAGGGGGCGGCGGUCGGCGCGGCGGCCAUGGUCAGGAACCUCUCGUCCGCCUCCCAGAGGUUCGCGGCCGUGGAGCGGAGCAAGUCCACCGGCGGCCACCGCGGCGGCGGCUUCCAGGCGGUCGUGAGGCGGGCCUUCUCCAUGCGGAGGCAGCCGGCGUCCAGCCUCUCGGAGGGGUACUGGCGGAUCCACGACGGCCUGGAAGACGGCGACGACGACGCCGAGGCGCCCGAGGAGGUCGACGAGCAGAAGAAGCAUCAGGUGGCGGAGGCCGUAGAGCCGGAGGUGCAGGGAGACGCCGCGGCGAGCAGCGACGAGAUCGGCAAGGAGAGGAAGAAGAAGAAGCGGGGUCACAUCUUCAAGGCGUGCAAGAAGCUUCUUGGCUUCAAACAUGUUUAG